AUGUCAACCUCGAUGCGAAACCCUGAUGGACUCUACCCUAUAGUGGAGCUCAACUUCAAAGGUGUUUUUCUUCGAGAUCCUUUCUUGUAUAACCAUGGUAUCAAAUUGACAUUUAAAGAUCAUGAUUUUCCUUUCUCGAACGGUUCAUGCAAGAAAGUAUCAAGAGCUAUACUACUAUUAUGUGCUGAAGAGGAAGAUGGAAAUGAUAACAUCAUAGAUGAUGAUGGGGGUGAAGAGGAGGAAAAUGUUCUGAUUGAGGUUGUCAAAGAACUCCUUCCUUAUGUAGAGCAUAGGCAACGUGCUAAGCGUUUUAGCCAAAAAUUGAGAAAAAGGCAUCGUGGUGCCCAAUAUGAAAACAUAUUCUGGAAGGCUUGUAAAGCAACAACUAAGCUAGAUUUUAAGAUUUCCAUGAAAGAACUUGAAGAUCUAGACCCAAGUACUCAUAAGUAUCUGAUGGUCAAAGACCCCAAAACAUGGUCAAGAGCCUACUAUGAAACUGGUAGAUGUUAUGAUGCUAUGGUGAAUAGGAUGUAUGAAAGUUUCAAUGUAGUGAUUAUUGAUGCUAGGAAGAAGCCAAUUAUCACCAUGUUGGAGGAGUUGAGGUUCUAUAUGAUGGGUAAAGUGUUCAACAUGAAAGCCAAGGGAAAAGGAUGA